AGUUUUUACAUUGUCUGAUUGUUAAACCAAGUUAAAAAAAAUUACUUGUACAAGUAAAAAAAUAUUAUGCAGCAAAUAUUAAUUUAAUACUAGUCUUAUACUUAUAUAAUUAAUUCACAACAGCACAUUUCAUAUUUUUUUACGUUCGAAAUGCUUUUAAUGAUUUUUACUUGUCAUGCUUGUAACUUGAUGAUUCAAAUUUUUAAAUAGUAAAAUUUUUCAUUGUAAAACUGAUUAAGUUAAAAAAAAAAUUACUGGAACAAGUAAAACAAUAUUAUUCAUGAAGCUUUCAAAUUAUCUUUGUCUUCACUUUUUAAACUUGAUGGUUCAAAAUAUUAUAGCGAACCCUAUUAAAAGAAAUUUAAAGGUCUGAGUGAAUAAACUAUACAGAGAACAAUACCUGUUGUAUUUGUUAGAUGGGACAAUAGAACUGCCAAAAGUUUAAAUGGACAGGUAACUUGCAGGUGAAUCUAUAGAAAGGUUCAAUAGGGUUCGCUAUAACACGGUUAAACUUUACAUUGUUCAACCAAGUUAAAAAAAAAUUACUUGUACGAGUAAAAACAUAUUAUGCAGGAAAUUUUCAUUUUAUCCUUGUCUUCACCUUUUUAAACUUGAUGAUUCAAAAUAUUAACACAGUUUAUGGGAGAAAACUGUUAAUGACCAUGAUGACUGUAAUGACUUUGAUAUUUUGUACUGUUUAAUGUCAAUUUCAUUUUUUUUAUCAGAGGUUAAAUCCUGUUAUUUUUCAGUUUUUUAGAUUUAAAAGUAAAACAUGCAGAUCCAAGACAGAAAUAGUGAUGAAACCGAAGAUUCGAAUGAUCGCAUGUGGAAUGACGACUCUUUGCAAAUGGCAUGUAUGUCAGCUUUCUUCUUUGUGUUGCUGGUAUUUUUGCUAGUUAUUCAGAGAAAGCUACGAAUAAAUCUCCAAGCAAGUUUCCGAAACAGUGAGAGAGACUGAGGAGCCUCGGUCUAAAAGUGUACAUAGUCGUCAUAAACCAGGAGUACUGAAAACAUACAACAACAAUUUAGAGAAAUUAAACUGUAAAAUUAGUGCUUUGAAUGCCUCAAAAUCACGUAUCAUGACUCAAUUGAAAAAAAUGGCAAUAAAAUUGGAGCAGGAACAGGUAUAUGAGCCUGUGGACACAUUAUUCAUUGUACGUAAAAGGGGCAGCCUCUUAUACAGAUGUUUUGGAUAUGGUGAACUCUGUGAGAGGUUCAUAAAAGGUGAACCUCUCACAGACUAUCCGCCAUAUAUGAACCGGAAGCAAAAAGUAAUGCCAGAAGUAGAGAAAGAUGAGAAGAUAGAAUUUUUGACACCUGAGAAGGACCUUUUUAAUUUCGGUAGGGGCAGUGGCAGGACCCUUGCCGAAAUCCAAAAAGACUCUCUUGACAAUCUACCUGUGAAAAUUAUUCCAGCUGAAGUAAAUGUAGAGAAACCAGGACCAUCAAAGACCAGGAAAAUCCCAACAUUACAUGAAAGAUCAACCAUUGGAAGAGGAAGGGGGAGAGGAGGAACCAGAGGAAAAGGAAGAGGUCGUGGUAGAAAGAGAAAGAGGGAGAGCAGUUCUGACUCAAAUGAUGACGAAGAUAGAAUAAGAAUUGAAGAAAGCAGUAGUGAUGAAGAUGAGACCAGACUCAGUCCUCUUCUGCCACUUGAGUCAACUUUAAUGAGAGAGAAUCCAGGACCAUCAAACAUGUCAAAACCAGGACCAUCAAACAUGUCAAAACCAGGACCAUCAAAUGCAAGAAAAGAAAGACUUAAAAAGUUAUAUGAAAGGUCAACCACUGGGAGAGGAAAGGGGAGAGGAAAAGGAAGAGCUAAAGGAAGAGGUCGUGGUAUGAAGAGAAAGAGGGAGAGCAGUUCUGACUCCAGUGACAGUGAAGAAGAAAUAAGACCAUUAGAUAAGAACCCGAGAAAGAAGCUCUUCAGAAGGGACAUAAUCGAAGAUAGUACUGAUGAGACUGACAUGACUGGGCUUAGUCCUUUCUUGCCACUAGAUUCAUCUUUGAUGAAUGAAGCAUCAAUUCUCAUCGAAGAACUAAGCUUCAACUUCGAAAAAGAUCAGGGAGAUAAUGAUGUGGAAGAAAAAAUGGAGGAGAAAAAGCAAAGAAGGGAAGAGAAAUCGGAGUUAAGUGGUGAAGAGAAAGAAGAGUUAAGUGGUAAAGAGAAAGAAGAGUUAAGUGAGUUAAGUGGUGAAGAGAAAGAAGAGUUAAGUGGUAAAGAGAAAGAAGAGUUAAGUGGUGAAGAGAAAGAAGAGUUAAGUGGUGAAGAGAAAGAAGAGUUAAGUGGUGAAGAGAAAGAAGAGUUAAGUACUGAAGAGAAAUUGGAGGAAAAGCCAAAAAGUAAAAAGAACAGGUUUUCUGUUGGUGAACAUGUAAAGGUGACUUUUGGAAAAGAAGAUUUUCCUGCUCUUGUGACGGACCUGGAUGAUUCUGGUGUUUGGGGACAGUUUUUCAGAAGAAAAGGUGUAUCCGGCUGGGCCCUAGAUGAAAUAAAAUACUUUAUAGUUCAAAAAGACAUUCUGAAAUCUUUGACACCACCAGACUUGGUUCCCUUAGGUGGAUCCCGAUUUUCCUAUAAAUUUGAGGACUUUUAAGCGUCAAUACAUUAUGAUGAGGGGGGGAGGGAGUGUAGUAUAUACCACUUAUUGACUUUUAUAUGAUAUGCCUUCAGUACUCCUGGUUUUUAGUCUAUGUAAAGUAAAAACAUUCAUUCACUUGGCAUCAGUCGUCUACAAUAAACUCGUGAUACAUUUGGCACAGCUAAUACAAAUUGUAUACAAAGCACUUUUACUAUGUACUACCUGUUAUUUAAAGCCAAAAAUAGCACCCUUGUUUAAUAUUUUUCGAAAAAAUAUCUUGCUUCUAAAAAUACACGUGUACUGUGUAAAUUUUUUGGUUACCAUGUAAUUUGAAAAAAGCAGCAAUGUGUAAGUAAAAAUGGUAAAAUCAAUAUUAAUCUUCAUGAACUUAAGUAGAUGGUGAGCAAUACAAACUUUAUAAAAAACCUUUUUUGGGUAUCAUUUUUAACACUAAAAUAAUAAAUUGAAGCAAUUCACAUCUCUUUGUUAAAGUUAAUAUUGUUUUACAUUGUGAAACUUUUCAAUGUAAGAUACAGUUUAAUUGGUAAAUGCUGAUAUCUAGUGUCUGUAAGGCAAUCAUAAAUGUCUCUUAUCAAUACUAGAAGAAAAUUAUAUUAAUGUACACUUCAAUACUUUCAUUUUGUGACUUUACAACAUGUAUAAUAGGACAAAGACUUGCUUCAAUUUAUUAUGUUAUUGUUAUGUAAAAUGG